GCGGUGCGCGGCCGCAUGUGGGGCGCAGGCGGCGGAGUCUCCACCUCUUCUGGCAGCGGGAACCUGUGGCUGCCAAGCUCCAUUAAAGCCAUCAGCAGCCGGGGGGACGCGCUCCGCGGCGAAGGCGGGGUGGGCUGCUGUGCUUUAUUUUAAAAUAUAUACUUUUCUUUUUUCGCCCCCCGCUUUAUCCCUUCGCUAGGCUCGGGCUGAGCAGGACGCCUGCGGGCUGAAGCCGGGGUGCCGCCGCCGCGGGCACCGGAGCGCCGGAGGCGGCCCAUGGCUGCACCGCCGGGCGCCGCGCCCCGCUGAGCUCCGCGGGCACCGGCGGCGAUCGCGCCUCUGGCCGGGACACACAGCGGGCACCAUGGUCCGGUGCUGGUGGCUCGCAGGGCUGCUCGUAGCCUGCGCGGCCGCGGAGCCGCCCUGCCGCCAGCAGCUGCGCCACCUGCAGGACAGCGCCGGGAUCGCCGCGCGGCUGCCGCCCCGCCUGGAGGGGCGCUGGGUCUCCACCGGGUGUGAGGUGCGGCCGGGGCCGGAGUUCCUGACCCGAUCCUACCUCUUCUACACCAACCGGCUCUUCAAGGCCCUGCAGUUCUACUACUGGGACCCGUCCUGCCGCGACCCCUCCUACUCGCUGGUGAUCAAGGGCAAGCUCCGGCUGCGCCAGGCCUCCUGGAUCACCCGCGGCGCCACCGAGGCCGACUACCACCUGCACAAAGUGGGCAUCGUGUUCCACAGCCCGAGGGCCAUGCGGGAGGUGGCCUCCCGGAUCAACCAGACCUCAGGCGAGGGCUGCCGCGGGUUCCUGCCCCCGGGGCGCUCCUGGGCUCCCGGAGCCCUGUACGAGGUGCUGAGCGCCAAGACCGAGCGCGACUGCACCGCGGCGCUGGGCUUCGCCAUGCACGAGCUGGGCCUGGUGCGCGUGGAGAGGCACUUGCAGCCGCUGCUGCAGCCGCAGCACAGCGGGAGCCGCGUGGUGGAGGAGCUCUACCUGGGGGACAUCCACACGGACUGGGCCGAGAGGCUGCACUACCGCCCCACCGGCUACCAGCGCCCCUUGCAGAGCGCCCUGCACCACGUGCACCCCUGCCCGGCGUGCGGGAUCAUCUCCAGGGCCGAUGAGCAUCACCCCCCGAUCCUGCCCGCCCGGGCCGCGCUGCCCAUGCAGCUCAGCGGCAGCUGGGUCAGCACCCACUGCGAGGUGCGCCCGGCCGUGCUCUUCCUCACCAGGUACUUCACAUUCCACGGCAACAACCACACCUGGGAAGGGCACUACUACCACUACUCCGACCCGCUCUGCAGGCAGCCCACGUUCACCAUCUACGCCUCCGGGCACUACAGCCAGGGCAUCCCCUCCUCCAAGGUGCGCGGCGGCACCGAGCUGGCUUUUAAGGUCACCCAGGCUCGGGUGACGCCCAUGGACCAGGUGACGGUGCUGAUGCUCAACUCCUCGGAAGCCGGGAGCUGCGGGCUGCAGGGCUCCUGGAGCGCCGGAGUGGAGCAGGAUAUCACAGCCACGAACGGCUGCUUGCCUCUGGGCAUCAAGCUGCCCCACACCGAGUACGAGCUGUUCAAAACGGAGCAGGACACGCAGGAGCGCAGCCUCCUCUACAUCGGGGAGCGGCCCACGGACGGCUCCAGCCCCGACAGCCCCGACAAGCGACCCACCUCCUACCAGGCCCCUCUGAUCCAGUGUGCUGCAGCCUCAGAGGAAUUCUCCAACUACAUCAGUCUGAAAUACGUGGGAAGAAAGGAUGCUAACGGGAUUGAAGCACUAAAACCUUUGCCUGUGGCCUUUUUAUUGUUUAUAGCACUUCUGUUUUUAAGAUGGGACUAGUUAUCUCUUCAGGUACAAUGCAGAAUUCAGAUAAAUCUUGGUGCUAGCGUGAUUUUUAUAUCCUUCAGAUGAGCACAUCUGGAAUCAGUUUUACUCAGAUUUGGAAACACUUUUUAAAAACACCCAAUGGUGAAUGAAGCCAAGGAGAUAUGCCUGACUCCACACUGUUUGUCCUGUGGCUUUAUUGCCUAAUCUCCCCUCUUUGCGUGCAAAUUUAAUGUACUGACACGGAUGCACUGCACAUUGCAACAGAUAAUUUAGCAACAUGAGGGGGGAAAAUGGUGACAUCAAUUAAAAUUGCUGCUUUGAGCUUUUGA